AUGUUCGGAUUGCACAAAAGUGGACCAAAUUUGGAUGAAAUUGAAUCCUUUCAAUCUGGAAGAUACAUCAGCUCCAAUGAAGCUGUUUGGCGGAUAUUGGGAUUCUCAAUACACGAACGUCACCCAACUGUGGUACAUCUUAGUGUGCACUUAGAAAAUGGUCAAAGAAUGUAUUUUGAUGCAGCUAGCUUAAAAGAAAAGUUACAGUCGCCACCAAAAUCUACCCUUCUUGCAUUUUUUGAGCUGUGUCAGAAUGAUCCUUUUGCGCAAACAUUGCUUUACAGUGACGUACCAAAAUAUUACACAUGGAAUACAUCCCAAAAAUGUUUCAGUAGAAGAAAGCAAGGUAUUGAUGUCAAAGAUCAUCCAGGAGUAAAAAUGAGUGAUGCCCUUGGACGAGUCUACACUGUGCAUCCAACAAAUGCAGAAUGCUUUUAUCUGCGCAUGCUCCUUCAUGUUGUAAAAGGCCCGACCUCUUUUACUAAUUUAAAAACUGUUGAAGGUGUGGUGUGCCAAACCUUUCGAGAGGCUUGCCAAAGACGAGGCAUGUUAGACAACGAUGAGCAUUGGGAAGCAGCUCUGGCCGAGGCUGCUCAGACAGGGACAGCACAGAGAGUACGCCAUCUUUUUGCUCUUUUGUUGACAACAUGUGGAUUAUCAAAUCCACUUGAUCUUUGGGAAAAGUAUAAAAAUGCACUGAGUGAUGACAUACUUCUACAAAAGAGAAGAGAAAAUCCAGAUAUUCUAAUUGAUUUUUCAAACAUAAUAUAUGAUGAGGCCUUGAUUGCCCUGGAAGACCUAUGUUUAACAAUGGCUGGAAAAGACCUGAAACAUGUAGGCUUAAAAUCACCCGAAAGAAAUGCUUUUUGCAGAGAAUUACUGCGUGAGCGUAGUUUUAAUAUUGAUGACCUUUCCAAUUUCAUCACUGAAAAUGAACCGAAAUUGGUGCCAGACCAAAGAAAAGCAUAUGAUACUAUACAAAAUUUAAUUACUGACAAGAAAGGUGGAAUAGUUUUCCUGGAUGCACCAGGGGGAACAGGCAAAACAUUCCUCAUUAAUCUUCUUCUUGCUAAAGUCAGGCAACAAAACAAGAUUGCACUUGCAGUGGCUUCAUCUGGUAUUGCAGCUACACUCCUUCAAGGGGGUAGGACAGCACAUUCUACCUUCAAGCUACCACUAAACUUGGCUCAUGGUGAUACUCCUGUUUGUGACAUAUCCAAAGACUCUGGCCAGGCAAAAAUUCUUCAGAUUUGCAGUUUAAUAGUAUGGGAUGAAUGUACUAUGUCUCACAAAAGGGCUCUUGAAGCAGUAGAUAUGUUAAUGCAAGAUUUGAAAAAUAGCAAAGCAUUAAUGGGCGGAGUAGUUGUCAUGUUAGCUGGUGACUUUAGACAAACCCUACCAGUAAUUCCAAAGUCAACUCCUGCAGAUGAGCUCAACGCCUGUCUUAAAGCUUCAUACCUCUGGAAGUAUGUCGAAAAAAUAACCCUUAAGACAAAUAUGAGAGUUCAACUUUCUGAAGAUCAAAAUGCUGCUAAUUUUUCUAAACAACUAUUAACAAUUGGAGACGGCAAAGUUCCCAUUGAUUCAAAUGGAUUUAUAAAUUUUCCUUCACAGUUUUGCAACAUAGUCAAGUCUCUCGAAGUGUUAAAAUCUAAUGUUUUCUGUAAUUUACCAGAAAAUUUCAGAAACCAUGAGUGGCUGUGUGAACGAGCUAUUCUUGCACCUACAAAUGACUCUGUUAAUAGAAUCAACAUCGACAUUUUAAACCAGCUGCCUGAUGAUUGCAAACUUUACAAAUCGAUUGACAGUACCUUAGACCCUGCACAAGCUUUAUAUUAUCCUGCAGAAUUUCUGAAUUCUUUGGAACCACCAGGACUUCCACAUCACAAUCUUCAACUCAAAAUUGGUGCUCCGAUCAUUCUCCUUAGAAAUCUUGAUCCUCCAAAGCUCUGCAAUGGAACCCGUUUAGUCAUUAAAAAUCUUUUUUCAAACCUUAUUGAAGGAACCAUACUGACUGGCUGUGCCAAGGGAGAAGAUGUUUUUAUACCUAGAAUUCCUCUCAUACCAUCUGAUCUGCCCUUUGAAUUUAAGCGUUUGCAGUUUCCAGUUCGGCUCGCAUUUGCAAUGACAAUAAACAAAGCACAGGGGCAGUCACUGAAAGUUGCAGGAAUCAACCUGGAAUCCCCCUGCUUCUCUCAUGGCCAACUUUACGUUGCAUGUUCCCGUGUGGGUUCUCCACGAAAUCUGUUUGUAUUUGCUGCUGAGCACAAAACCAAAAACAUAGUAUAUCAACAGGCUUUAUGUUAA